GACCCAAGGGCGACCGGUGUAACUCGUCGUUGCCUUCCAUAAGUACCUGGGACGGGUUACUAUUAGCCAUUAUAAUUGUUAUCGUUUAUUUGGAGCAUGCUACGUGCCAUCAGCAUCACCUUUCCACAGAAAAAGACAGUUGGUGACUAGGGUCACACAAUGGUCCCAGGCUGAUUAGAGUCACACAAUGGACCCACAGCAAAACUACGCCCUCUGGGUCCCUCGCAGAUUGCCCCAGCCUCGGAAAUAAACAGGGCCUUGUGAUGCUUGAAGGAUUUGAAGAGAAUGUACUGAAUUCAGUUGUCCAGGAAACCAACAAUAGUGUGUCUGGCACUCGAUGGGCAUACGAUAAAUAUUCUUUACUGAAUAGGUAAUCACCCAUUUUGAUGUGAUUUGAUCAUUUCCUGUUUGACUUCCAUGGAGUUUGGACUCCUUUCUCUUUGCAGAGUUAGAGGAAAAGUAAACCAAUGGUUAUUCCUCCCAACCACUUCCUCUGGAAUUCAUAUCUUUAGAUGAGGACGCUAAGAUUCAAGAAAGGUGGGCUAAGAUCAGCCGACUCCUUCCCCAAACCAAGACAGAGGAUGGGUGACUCAAAUCCAGUAUUCUACUGCACCAGUCUACCUAAAACAGGCUGAUAAAAUAGGGGCCUACUACCGGCCAGAUGCAUUCCUAAGAGGUGCAGAAGAGAAAGGAGCUGAAACACCCCUCAGGGUGGAUGUCGUGCCAUGAAUCAUCCAGGAAAAUCUUUCUGGAUGUUCUGCAAUGUAACAAUGAGCAACCUAGUGUAUCUGCAAGGAGAGGAGGCAUCGCCUGGAGAGUGAAGCCCAGAGGCAACCGAAAACAUGGAGCAUCCUUUAUCAUCACAAAAGCAAUUAGAGAUCAUUUAUUAUUUUUACGCCAAUACAUCUGGUACAGCCCCGCACCAUUUUUGCUCCCUGAUGGACUGGUUCGCUUGGUGAAUAAACAGAUAAACUGGCAUUUGGUACUUGCAAGCAAUGGGAAACUUUUGGCUGCUGUUCAGGAUCAGUGUGUGGAGAUCAGGUCUGCAAAAGAUGAUUUUACAUCCAUCAUUGGGAAAUGUCAAGUUCCAAAGGAUCCAAAACCCCAGUGGAGACGGGUAGCAUGGAGUUAUGACUGCACCCUGCUGGCCUAUGCUGAGAGCACAGGGACUGUGAGGGUGUUCGAUCUCAUGGGAAGUGAACUCUUCGUCAUUUCCCCGGCAUCUAGUUUUGCAGGUGAUCUGAGCUAUGCCAUUGCUGGCUUGAUAUUUUUAGAAUAUAAAGCAAGUGCACAGUGGUCUGCAGAACUCCUGGUCAUCAGCUACAGAGGAGAACUGAGAAGUUACCUCGUAAGUGUUGGGACAAAUCAGAGCUACCAGGAGAGCCACUGUUUCAGCUUCAGUAGUCAUUAUCCUCACGGAGUCCACACGGCGAUUUACCAUCCUGGUCACAGGCUUUUACUGGUUGGUGGAUGUCAAACUGCUGAAGUGGGCACAUCAAAAGCUUCUAGCUGUGGCCUUUCUGCUUGGAGAGUUCUUUCAGGAUCCCCUUAUUAUAAGCAGGUUACUAGUGGGGGAGACACCGUUACUACAGUACCAAAGACGCUGGGAUUAUUACGGAAGUUAAGUGUCAAGUUUUACAGUCGCCAGGGCCAAGAGCAGGAUGGGAUCUUUAAGAUGAGUCUUUCUCCGGAUGGGAUGCUUCUUGCCGCCAUUCAUUUCUCAGGGAAACUGAGCAUCUGGGCCAUUCCAUCUUUGAAGCAACAAGGGGAAUGGAAUCAAAACGAGCAGCCAGGAUAUGAUGACCUUAAUCCCGAUUGGAGGCUCUCUACUGAGAAAAGAAAAAAAAUUAAAGAUAAAGAGUCCUUCUACCCGCUGGUAGAUGUCAACUGGUGGGCAGACAGUGCAGUGAUACUGGCUCGAUGCUCUGGUGCUCUAACUGUUUCAUCUGUGAAAACUUUGAAGAAUUUACUGGGAAGAUCUUGUGAGUGGUUUGAACCGUCACCUCAAGUCACUGCUACCCAUGAUGGGGGGUUUUUAAGUUUGGAGUGUGAGAUUAAGCUUGCCCCCAAACGGUCUCGUUUGGAGAUCAGGGCUGGAGAAGAAGAUGAAGGAGAAGAGGAUUCUGACUCCGAUCAUGAGAUAUCUGCCAAGGCGCGGUACUUCGGUUAUGUGAAACAAGGCCUUUACUUAGUGACUGAGAUGGAGCGGUUCGCACCCCCCCGAAAACGCCCACGGACCAUUACUAAGAACUACCGCCUUGUGAGCUUGCGCUCCACGACUCCAGAGGAGCUUUACCAGAGAAAGAUUGAAAGCGAAGAGUAUGAGGAAGCCUUGUCUCUGGCUCAUACCUAUGGCCUGGACACCGACCUCGUUUAUCAGAGGCAGUGGAGGAAGUCAGCGGUCAACGUUGCUUCAAUUCAGAAUUACUUGAGUAAAAUAAAGAAGCGAUCCUGGGUUCUCCAUGAGUGUUUGGAAAGAGUUCCUGAAAACGUGGAUGCUGCGAAAGAACUACUUCAGUAUGGAUUGAAAGGCACAGACCUGGAGGCUCUGCUAGCCAUAGGGAGAGGGGCAGAUGAUGGCAGAUUUACAUUGCCUGGUGAAGUAGACAUUGAUGGUGUCUCCUAUGAGGAGCUUUCACAACCUGCUGAAGAGCCUGCCAAGAAUAAAAAAGAAAAAGAGCUGAAGAAGAGACGAGAACUACUUAAAUUAGUGAACUUUUCAAAGUUGACGCUGGAACAAAAGGAACUUUGCCGUUGUAGACUGAAAUUAUUAACCUACUUAGAUCGACUUGCAACAUAUGAGGAAAUCCUAGGUGUGCCUCAUGCAUCUGAACAGAGAUAUGAUGCUGAAUUCUUUAAGAAGUUCAGAAAUCAGAAUAUAGUUCUCUCGGCAAGAACUUAUGCACGGGAAAGCAAUGUACAAGCUCUAGAAAUCCUGUUUACUUAUCACGGCUCCGACUUGCUUCCUCAUCGCCUUGCCAUCCUCUCCAACUUCCCAGAGACCACUUCUCCGCACGAAUAUUCCAUACUGCUGCCUGAAGCUGGUCAUAAUGGUGACUCCCUGCUGAUCAUUCCUUGGCAUGAACGUCAACACCGAGCUAAAGAUUGGUGCGAAGAGCUGCAGUGCAGAAUGGUCGUUGAGCCGAGUCUCCAAGACGAAAGUGAGUUCUUGUAUGCUGCACAGCCCGAGUUGCUGAGGUACAGGUCAGCCCAGCUUGCAGUGGAGGAGGCCAUGGACUGGUACCGGACCAGAGCAGAGGAAAUAGAGCAUUACGCGCGACAGGUCGAUUGUGCGUUGUCACUCAUCCGGCUUGGAAUGGAGCGGAGUAUUCCUGGCUUGCUGGUUCUGUGUGAUAAUUUGGUUACUCUGGAAACAUUGGUUUAUGAAGCCGGUUGUGACUUAACUUUAACCUUGAAAGAACUCCAGCAGAUGAAAGAUAUUGAAAAACUGAGACUACUGAUGAAGAGUUGUUCUGAAGACAAAUACGUAACAAGUGCCUACCAAUGGAUGGUUCCCUUUCUUCAUCGUUGUGAGAAACAAUCUCCUGGUGCUGCUAAUGAGCUAUUGAAAGAAUACUUAGUAACGUUAGCUAAAGGAGACUUAAAAUUUCCCCUGAAGAUAUUUCAGCAUUCCAAGCCAGAUCUACAGCAGAAAAUAAUUCCUGAUCAGGACCAACUGAUGGCAGUAGCACUCGAGUGCAUCUAUACCUGUGAACGCAACGACCAGCUGUCUCUUUGCUACGACAUACUGGAAUGUCUGCCACAACGAGGCUAUGGUCCUAGGACAGAGAUGACCACAACUCUGCAUGACAAGGUAGACCAACUGGAACAAAUUCUAAGUGUGUCAGAAAUUUUGGAAAAACAUGGACUUGAGAAACCAAUUUCAUUUGUUAAGAAUACUCAGUCUAGCUCAGAAGAGGCCCGCCAGCUGAUGGUUCGACUGACUAGACACGUUGGUCGGAAGCAGCCUCCUGUCAGCGAGUCUCAUUGGAGAUCAUUGCUGCAAGACAUGCUAACCAUGCAGCAGAAUGUGUACACCUGCCUGGAUUCUGAUGCUUGCUACGAGAUAUUUACAGAAAGCCUUCUGUGCUCCAGUCGCCUUGAAAAUAUCCACCUGGCUGGGCAGAUGAUGCACUGCAGUGCUUUCUCAGUGAACCUCCCAACCAGUGUAACCCACAAAGGGAAACCCCAGUACAAGGUCAGCUAUGAAAGAAGUAUCGACUUGGUCUUGGCUGCCAGCAGAGAGUACUUCAAUUCUUCCACCAGCCUCACUGACAGCUGCAUGGAUCUGGCCAGGUGCUGCCUACAGCUGAUAACAGAUAGACCUGCUGCCAUUCAAGAGGAGCUCGAUCUUAUCCAAGCCCUUGGAUGUCUUGAGGAAUUUGGGGUGAAGAUCCUGCCUUUGCAAGUGAGAUUGUGCUCUGAUCGGAUCAGCCUCAUCAAGGAGUGUGUUUCUCAGUCCCCCACCUGCUACAAGCAGUCCGCCAAGCUUCUGGGACUGGCUGAGUUGCUGAGGGUUGCAGGUGAAGACCCAGAAGAAAGGCGGGGACAGGUUCUCAUCCUAUUAGUAGAGCAAGCCCUUCAUUUCCAUGACUACAAAGCAGCCAAUAUGCAUUGUCAGGAGCUGAUGGCAACAGGUUAUCCUAAAAGUUGGGAUGUUUGUAGCCAGUUGGGACAAUCAGAAGGUUACCAGGACUUGGCCACUCGACAAGAGCUCAUGGCUUUUGCCUUGACGCAUUGCCCUCCUGGCAGCAUUGAACUUCUUCUGACAGCUAGCAGCUCCCUCCAGACAGAAGUUCUUUACCAAAGAGUGAAUUUCCAGAUCCAUCCUGAAGGCAGGGAGAACACCAGUGUCCCAGCAUUAGUUAGUAAAGCGCUGCAAGAGGAAGAAGUAAGUGUUCCAGGCGACAGUUCCCCUGACCUGUUGCAGUGGACGACUGCCACCACCAUGAAGGUGCUGUCCAACACCACCACCACCACCAGGGCUGUACUGCAGGCUGUCAGUGAUGGGCAGUGGUGGAGGAAGUCUUUAACGUACCUUCGACCCCUGCAAGGGCAAGAAUUUGGUGGUGCUUAUCGAAUCGGACCCAUAGCCAAUGAAAAUCUAGAACAACAAGGAUGUCAUACUUUUUACGAAUCUGUCAUCUCUAAUCCCUUUGUCGCUGAGUCUGAAGUGACGUAUGACACCUGCCGGGACAUCUCAGUAGAAAGCUUUGCAGAGGUGUUGCUGAGGACUGGAAAACUGGCAGAGGCCAAAACGGAAGGAGAAGUGUUUCCAACAACAGAAGUUCUCUUGCAGCUAGCAAGCGACGCAUUGCCAAAUGACAUGACAUUGGCUCUUGCAUAUCUCCUUGCCUUACCACAGGUGCUGGAUGCCAACAGGUGCUUUGAGAAGCAGGCCCCUUCUGCGUUAUCCCUCCAGCUGGCAGCGUAUUACUACAGCUUGCAGAUCUAUGGCCGACUGGCGCCGUGUUUCAGGGACGAGUGCCAUCCGCUUUACAGGGCUGAUCCCAAAGAGCUAAUCAAGAUGGUUACCAGGCAUGUCACUCGACAUGGACAGGAAGCCUGGCCCGAGGACCUUGUUUCGCUGACCCAGCAGUUACACUACUACAAUGAACGUCUCCUGGAUUUCACUCAGGCUCAGAUCCUGCAGGGCCUUCGGAAGGGUGUGGAUGUGCAGCGGUUUACAGCAGAUGACCAGUACAAAAGAGAAACCAUCCUUGGCCUGGCAGAAACCCUGGAGGAGAACGUCUACAACAUUGCUCUUUCUCUGGCACAACGUUACGGUGUCUCCCGCUGGGAGGUGUUUAUGACCCAUUUGGAGUUUCUGUUCACCGACAGCGGUUUGUCCACAGCAGAAAUUGAAAAUCGAGCCCAAACCCUUCAACUCUUUGAGACUUUGAAGACUGAGCCUGAAGCCUUCCAUCAGCACAUGGUCAAGUAUGUCUACCCCACCAUUGGUGGCUUGGACCACGAGAGGCUGCUCUACUAUUUCACUCUUCUGGAAAACUGUGGCUGUGCGGAUUUGGGGAAAUACGCCAUUAAACCAGAAACCCACAUUCGACUGCUAAAGAAGUUUAAGGUCGUCGCACCAGGUCUUAAUUACAAAAAGCUGACAGAUGAAAACAUGAGUCCUCUCGAAGCACUGGAGCCAGUUCUUUCAAGUCAAAACAUCUUAUCUAUUUCCAAACUUGUUCCCAAAAUCCCUGAGAAGGAUGGCCGAAUGCUUUCCCCAAGCUGCCUCUACACCAUCUGGUUGCAGAAGUUGUUCUGGAAUGGAGACCCUCACCUCGUUAAACAAGUCCCGGAGUCCGCACCGGAGUGGCUUCAUGCCUACGAUGUCUGCGUGAAGUACUUUGAUCGUCUCCACCCUGGUGACCUCAUCACGGUGGUGGAUGCAGUUACAUUUUCUCCAAAAGCUGUGACCAAGCUGUCAGUGGAGACUCGUGAAGAGAUGACUAGAAAGGCUAUUAAGACAGUCAGACAUUUUAUUGAGAAGCCAAGGAAAAGAAACUCAGAAGAAGACAUUCAAGGAGCAAGUGAUUCUAAAGUUACCUAUGCAGAUACUUUGGAUCAUCUGGAGAAAUCACUUGCUCAUCUGGAAACCCUCAGCCAUAGCUUCAUCAUCUCUCUGAAGAAUAGCGAGCAGGAAACCCUGCAAAAAUACAGUAACCUCUAUGAUCUAUCCCGAUCAGAUAAAGGGAAACUUCACGAUCAAGCUGUGGCCAUGUGCUUAGAUGGUCAACCUCUCAGAAUGAUUCAGCAGCUACUAGAAGUGGCUGUUGGCCCUCUCGACCUAUCACCCAAGGAUAUAGUACAGAAUGCGGUCAUGAAAAUAAUUUCUGCAUUGAGAGGAGGCAGUGCUGACCUCAGUGGGCCGAGGGACCCACUCCAGGUCCUGGAAGGUGUGGUCGCAGCAGUCCAUGCCAGUGUGGACAAGGGAGAGGAGCUGGUUUCAUCUGAGGACCUGCUGGAGUGGCUGCGGCCUUUCUGUGCCGACGAGGCCUGGCCAGUGCGGCCCCGCAUUCACGUGCUGCAGAUUCUGGAGCAGGCUUUCCACCUGACGGAGGAGGACAGCAAGCUCCUCAUGUUCUUUAGAACCGAAGCCAUUCUAAAAGCCGUGUGGCCCCAGAGACAGGUUGGCUUAGCUGAUGUUGAGAAUGAAGAGAGCCGUUGCCAUCUGUUCAUGGAACUCCUGGAAUCUAGUCACCACAAGGCUGAGUUUCAGCAUUUGCUUCUGCUAUUGCAAGCGUGGCCACCUAUGAAAAGGGAAUAUGUCAUAUCCAAUAAUCCGUGGGUGAGACUAGCUACAGUGAUGCUCACCAGAUGUACAGAGGAGAACAAGGAAGGACUGGGGAACGAGGUUGUGAAAAUCUGUCGCUCUUUGUAUAACACCAAGCAGAUGCUGCCUGCAGAGUGUGUGAAGGAACUUUGCCUGCUGCUGCUUGGCCAGUCCCUCCUGCUCCCAUGCCUGAAACUUCUCCUCGAGAGCCAGGAUGAGGAGCUGCACGCUCUGGCACUGGGACAAAUCACAGCUGUCGAGAAGGUGAAUGAUGCAAACUGUGACCAGGAACUCCUGUCCCUGCUCCUGGACGCCAAGCUGCUGGUGCAGUGUGUCUCCACGCCCUUCUACCCGCACGUCAUUGGCCACCUCUUGGCCAGCCUCCAGCAAGGGCACUGGGAUGUGGAGGAGCUGGCCAGGCACCUGCAGGAGGCCGGCCAUGAAGCCGAAGCGGGGUCGCUCCUUCUGGCCGCGAGGGGGACUCAUCGGGCCCUGAGGACUUUCAGCACAGCCCUCAGCGCAGCACGGCAGUGGGUGUAAGGGGCACCCGCGGCCAUGCUCCCUGAUGGAGAGGGCAUCUGAGCACCCGGUGUCUAAGCUAUUUCCCGAAGAACAUGUAUACCUGGUCUUGUUCCCCCUGGUGUCAACGAAUCGCAAAUAAAGCUGUAUAUAAAUGAUA